AUGAAGCGCGAUCUUCCAUGGAUCCAGCUUCCGUUUAUUGCAAAUGCGCCAAUGAGCGGCGUUGCUACCAGCAAACUCGCAGUGGCCGUGACCUUGAGCGGAGGACUAGGACAAAUUGGAUUCACAGGCAGUCCGCUCAGAUUGGAAGCUGAGCUGGAGAAUGCUCAAGCCCAGCUGAAAGACUUUGUGGCCACGAACCAGACUCUGGAUGCCCUUCCAGUAGGGGUUGGUAUCAUCGUCAUUGGUAGCAAGCCCCAACGCUGGCUACCCAUCUUUGCAAAAUUCAAGCCUGCGGUAGUGUGGCUGUCUUUUGGAAGUACACAGCAAAUGAAAGCCUGGACAGAAGGGAUACGAGAAACAACUCCAUCUUCCAAGAUCUGGAUACAGGUUGGAAGCGUCAGUGCCGCUUUGAAAGCAGCUCAGAGCUGCCAGCCAGAUGCUUUGGUAAUGCAAGGAAGCGAUGCGGGAGGCCACGGCCAUGCAAAAGGAGCGAGCGUGGUAACACUAGUUCCAGAAGUGGCAGACGCUCUCAAAGAUCAUGGACUCUCUCACAUCCCCAUUCUUGCAGCUGGUGGCAUCAUGGACGGAAGAGGAGUGGCAGCAGCUAUAACUCUUGGAGCUGAAGGCGCAGUUCUAGGCACUCGAUUCAUUGGAGCAGAGGAAGCGAAUAUGGAUUUGGAUGUUCGCGAGGAAGUUCUCGCAGCCUCUGACGGAGGAGAGUCUACCGUGAGGUCUCGGGUAUUUGACGACAUUUGGGGCGCGAACCCAUGGCCGCAAUUAUACGACGGCAGAUGCUUGAGGGGCGCAAUUUACGACAACCGAGAGAAGGGAAUGGAUAUGGACUCGAUACGGACGCAAUUCUACCAUGAUUCCAGGCGGUCCCAGGCAGAGGAAGUCAACAUGAGAGACAUUGCUUGCAUAUGGGCAGGGGCGGGAGUGGGAUUGGUCAAGAAACUAGAACCGGCCGCUGAUAUUGUAAAACAAGUGCAAGAGGGUGCGAGAACGAGGUUACAUGAUGCAAAAUAUUUGGUGUAA